AUGGCCUUCGACAACAUUAACCAGAACGUCUUCGGCUUCACAGCACUCAUAGUCUCACUCGUCGCCCUCCUCACGACCGUCCUGCAAGUGCUACAGCAAUACUUCUCAAGCGCUGAGGGGUAUCGACGAUGUGCCGAGUCAGUAAUGGGAGCAUGGUCGAAUGGCACAAAGCGGAAGCUUCGACUGCAAGAAUUCCGCAUAGAAGUUAUCUUCGAAACUCCCGUCAUAUUCGUGGCGCCUCCUACGAACGAGAGGGGUCCAAUUGCUGGAAGGCCUAUAUACUACAUUGAUGGGACGGACGAGUCCUAUGAUAAUACGCGGGUGCUUCUGCCACAAGCCAGGGAAAAGGCCGACAAAGAAGCUACGGCAAGAGUGCAUACCGCAGAUGAUGAGAAAGCUUCAUGGGUCAAUCUACUCUCUGCUCUCCAAUUGAAGGAGCAGCAGUCAAGAGCGUGGGAUAAGGAGUGGAGCGUUAAAUCUCCACCGCGAGCAGGCUUUUUGAAGGUCGGGGAUCCCAAAUACAAGGUUGCAGUCGGACUUCAACGUAAGACCCGGUCCUGGGAUUUUAUUCCCUCUUCGAUCACGAAACCAUACGCCACGUCGGCAAUGUGUCAUCUAGUAGAAAUGAUGGCAAUGUUAGGUCUAUAUUGGAAAGUCUUCGACCAAUCAAUAUGGAACCUGCGAGCUGAAGGAAAUGGAUUCAUUCUGACUUCUACUACGGUCCAUGGCCUCGGGGUCAUGGUAACAUUUGCUACGACGGGGAAGUCGAGCUUCAAAGAGAAUCGGGUAAUCCCAUGCGAGGCUGUGAAAGAGCUGACUUUCGGAACUGUCCCCAAUAUCUUUGACGAUGAGUCGUAUUUGAAUCGGGACACGCAAACACAGAGUCUGAACCUAGUAUUUGGAGCUCCUGAAGAUGUUGAAACGACAUUGGAGUCUAUUGGCUGCCAAGCCGAGACAUUGAAAAGAUACCGGAAAGAUCACAAGCAUAUCUUUUCAGUCUCCUUCGAAAUAAUCGGCAUGCUCAGUAAAGUCUUUCGCAUCCGCGGCUCGAACUUCCGCAUGCUCCCCAAUCCCACUAACGACAGAUGGCUCAAAAAGCCAGGCCCCAAAGCCUCCUGGAAAAUCACCACCCUAAUGAACAUCUUCCACUCGCAACUCACCAAAUUCAUCACAACCUCUUCACUUCCCCCUACCCACCGCCUCUCCAAGAUCAGCGCCAUCUGGACAGCCAUCACAGCCAUGGACUGCCCCGACGAAGCAGACCUCUCUCUCGAAGUCCGCGAGGAAAUCCACCGCGCCUUAGACCUCCAAACCGAAUACCUCCUCUCCAUCAGCCAGGCAGAAGUGCUCGCUGUGGUGGUAGCUCAUAUCACGAAAGUGAUGGAAGUCCUCGAUGAUCCCGUCUCGCCGCUUAAUGUCAUCGUGCUGGCCAACAAGGAGGACGCGCUGAUGACAUACUAUUUCCAGACUAUUCGCCCGGCUGUUGUUGGGACGGAGAGCCCGAAGGAGGGAGAGGAGGAUAGGAAUGUUAUUUGGAUUUCGCUCAUUUUUAGAAUGUUGUGUUGGCUGCUGUUGCAUGAUUUUGACAAGGCAGAUGCGAAAAUUGUGCCUGCGGAUUUGAAGGGGAGUCGUAUGCCGGUUUAUAUUGGGUAA